CUUUGCCUCACAACAACUAUCUAAAUCUAACAUUCAUUUCCUUCGCUCUGCCAUUCCCACUCUCUCUCAAAUUCAUUUGAGAAAUAUAUCUUCUUCAUAAUUUUCAUUCUCUUUGUUUUCUUAAUCUCCUAAGACAUUUGCAAUUUGGUCACCUCUCUCUUUCUCCUCUUUCCUUUAGAUCUUCUCAACCGUCUAUAUAUCCAAAUCCCAAUGGCUCUUUUGACCAACAAACAAGCCUUCUCUUUCUCUUUCACCCAACGAUGCAGAUAUGAUGUGUUCUUGAGUUUUAGAGGAGAAGAUACCCGCAAUGGUUUUACUAGCAAUUUGAAUGGUAUUUUGCGUCAUAAUGGUAUUAACACUUUUAUGGAUGAUAAACUCCGAAGAGGAGAAAAUAUUUCCAUUGAACUUUUUGAAGCUAUUGAAAGUUCAAGGAUUUCGAUAAUUGUCUUCUCUAAAAACUAUGCAUCUUCUACUUGGUGUUUAGAUGAACUUGUCAAGAUUCUUGAGUGUAAGAAUAAUGGCCAAGUCGUGUUACCCAUUUUUUACAAGGUGAAUCCAUCAGAUGUACGUAAUCAAAAUGGAAAGUUUGGAGAAGCAUUCACAAAGCAUGAAGAAAAAUUCAAGGAUAAUAAAAAGAAGGUGCAUAGAUGGAGGGCAGCCUUAAAAGAAGCCAGCAAUAUAUCUGGAUGGCAUUACAAAAAUAACCACCCUCAAUUUGAGUUUAUCCAAGAAGUUUUUGAAGAAAUAUCAAGUGCUAAAUUAAAUCAUACACAAGUAUUUGUUGUAAAAUAUCCCGUUGGAGUAGACUCUCGUGUAGAGGAAAUAAGUUGGCAUUUAGAUAUUGAGUCAAACGAUGUUCGCAUGUUUGUGAUCCAAGGUCUUCCAGGGAUAGGUAAGACAACAAUUGCAAAAGCUAUUUUUAACUUAAUUGCAUAUCGUUUUGAAGGAAGCAUCUUUCUAGAGGAUGUUAGAGAAACAUCAAGAACAAAUGAGGGCAUACUCCAACUACAAGAAGCAAUUUAUUCUGAGAUCUUAGGGGGUGGAAAUUUGAAGGCGCAUGGUGUAUUUAAAAGAAUCAAUGUGAUAACGGAAAUACUUCGUCACAAAAGAAUUCUUUUAAUUCUUGAUGAUGUGGACAAAUUAGUCCAAGUAGAAAAUUUGCUUGGAAAAUGUGAUUGGUUUGCUUCUGGAAGUAGAAUCAUUAUCACAACAAGAGAGGAAAAGGUGCUAUCUACUCUUCAAGAAGAUUGUCAUCUAAUCUACUAUAACUACAGGGUUAAGGAACUAAAUCAACUUGAAUCUUAUGAACUCUUUUGUCAACAUGCAUUCAAAAGAAACAAGCCUACGAAAGAUUAUUUGGAGCUCAUAGACCACUUUAUACAUUAUGCCAAAGGCCUUCCAUUAGCUCUAGAAAUUAUAGGUGCUGAUUUGUACAAGAGAGAUAUACAAUAUUGGAAUAGUAUAUUAAAAAAGUAUAAAAAAUUUCCCAAUCCAAAUAUUCAACAAGUACUCAAAAUAAGCUACGAUGGAUUGGACCAAACUCAACGGGAUAUUUUCCUUGAUAUUGCUUGUCUUUUCAAAGGAUUCUACAAGGAAGUUGUUGUAGAUAUAUUACAAAGUAACUAUACAUAUGACCCGUUCUGUGAUAUUGAAAAACUUAUUGACAAAGGCCUCAUAAUUGUUGAUAAUGGCAAAUUAGUGAUGCAUGAUUUGAUACAACAAAUGGGUUUUGAAAUUGUUCGAGAAGAAUCAGAAGUGUCAAAGAAACAUAAAAAACUAUUAAGUGAUGAGGAUGCUCUUGAAGUACUAAUAGGAGAUAUGGGAUUAGAUGAAAUUCGAGGCAUAACAUUGUCCUUGCCACAAUCAAGAAAGAUGCAAUUGAAUCUUGGAAAGAUGAAAAAUCUCAACUAUUUAACAAUUCGUAAUGUAAUUUGUGAAGACCUUAAAUCUCUUCCCAAUGAGUUAAGGUUACUUGAUUGGAAUGAAUUUCCUUUAUUGUCCUUGCCGUCCACCUUUGAACCUACAAAACUCGUUGUACUUAACAUGCAAAGGAGCCACAUUGAAUUGGACAAGCAUUUUGAGAGGUGUCGAUUCAAAAUAUUGAAAUAUAUGAAUUUCGCACAUUGUAAAAAUAUUACAAAAGUGCCAGACUUAUCGGUGAUUGCCCCAAACAUAAAGGAGUUGGGGCUUUUUAAUUGCAUAAAUUUAGUUGAGGUUCAUCAGUCCGUUGGACUUCUUGAAAAGCUUGAAUUAUGGAAUCUCAAUGAAUGCCGAAAUCUUAGAAUUUUACCAACAAAGCUUCAGUUGAAAUCUCUUAAAAGCUUUUUUCUCUUUGGCUCUAAAAGUCUUGAGCAAGGAACGGAAAGAUUAGCGUUGCUUUCAUCAAUAGGAUAUCUCACUGGCCUUCGUGAGUUAUCAAUAAGUUUAAAAAAUGUGAAAGAUGUUCCAAGUAACAUCUCUCAUUUACAAAAUCUUAGGAGGCUCCGUAUGUAUGAUUGUGAAGAAUUUCCAAAAGCCAUGGAUACCCCUGGUUGCUUCCCCAACUUAGAACGUCUAGAUAUCUUUUAUAGCAACUUUACUACCCUACCUGAAAUUGCUAUCAUAUUUCCGCAAUUAAAGUUUCUAGGGCUUAAUUGUUGCUGGAACCUUCCGAAAAUUCCAAGACUUCCACGUUGUAUACACGUUGUAUAUGCAACAGGGUGUAAUUCGUUGAAUUCACAAUCAAGAAGAAGAUUAUUGAAUCAGUUUGGAGAAUUUUUGGGGCUUCAACAAAAUAUCGUAUGUGCAAGGGGAAUACGGCAUCAGGAUUCUGAUUCUGAAACAAACUUUGAAUCAGAAUCAGAAUUUGAUUUCGAUGAAGCUACAUCUGCAAUGGGCUCUGCAUUUGAAACGGACUCGACAUGGAAACUUUAUGAUUAUUAUUCACUUGCACUUCCAGGAACUAAGAUUCCAAAGCGGUGGUUCAACCAUCAGAGUGUUGGAAGUUCCGUAUCAUUCUCAGUCGGUCGGAAACUUCCGUCAUUUGCUAUCUGUGUGGCUCUAAAAUUGGAACUGAAGGAUUAUGUGCCAUAUAGAGUUUAUCAUUUAAGCGUUUGCAAUCCGAAACUUCCGUCUAUUAUGUGUAGAUGUUCUAUCUACAUGAACACCAUUGGUUUUGAAAGAUUGAUUCAGUCUGUUAAUUUUGUACUAGAUUCAGAAUCUUUUGUGUGGUUCUACUAUAUAAGAGAUAGCGAUUUCGAAGACAUAAUUCUGGAGGAUUGGAAUGAAAUUAAGAUUCGAUUUGAAUGUUCAGAUUUAGAUCCUAAAAUUGCGAAAAUUACAAUAGAAAGGUGCGGAGUCCAUGUAUCAUGCAUUUGUCCUCCUUGCAACUUCGCAGCAAAUGAGGAUGCUGACUUCAACCCACGUCAACCAUUGAAGAAAAUGAGAAACCAUCGACCAACCUAUGCCAGAUGUCCCCAAAAACACUACCUGUCCCACUUCGGAAGGCUUCGAAUCCGAUUCCGACUCUGGAAACGGAGCUCUCGCCCUACCCUUCCAAGUGCAACGCUCAUGUCCAGGGCUCUGAGGGAAAUGGAAGAGAUAGAUCCCAGGGCUUUCAACAAUGGAGCAGAAGAUUCAGGGCUUCCAAUCGCCCACACUUAAGUCAAUAAUGGUUCCAACUCCAAGUUAUAUCCCUUAUCAAGGAAGGCAAGAAAAUCUUUAUCGAACUUAGAUGCCAAGUAAUGAUGACAGAGCUACGACUUCAGCAUUGUUGGGCUGAUUUCUGUAGCUGUUGAUGAAAGCAAUUCCUCAUACAUAUGAGUUUUGCGCCCAAAAAUGAUCAUUCUGUUCCCUAGGAUCCUCUGUUCUGGUAUUUUGAUGACUUCAUACUUGAUGGAACUGGGUUGAAGUCAGCAUCCUCUGUUCUUGAUUGAACUUCAAACAAAUAUGCCAAGUUGUGGUGAUGAAAAUUCUUUAGGAGGCACGAGAGGAAGCACAUCAAGUAUUUGAUAAAAUGUUACUUUGGGCUGAAUGAAUGAACUCACUCUCUUACUUUACAAAAGACAAACAUCAUCAACUUCAUUGUAAGUCCAGCUUGCAAGCUCGGCUGGGAAUGGAAGAGCAAAGGAUAUUUUGGCUUUGGCUUCUUCGUUAUUUGAAAUGGGGUUAGAUAACUUGGGCGCUUGGGUCUUCAAACACCCCAGUCUAAUGUUUCCUGUAAAUGAGAACACUUGUUGCCUUAUAUCAAGAACAUUAGCUGCUUUCUCUUAGGAAGUACAUUCCCUAAUUGCUUCUUUACCAAGCCAAAAUUUUGCUAGCUUCAUCUCAUUUACUAAGGUUUUUGAACCAAGGAGUGAUCAGGCAUCAAGCAUUUCAUAGAAUAUGCCAAAUGUUAGAGUAAUUGAUAGAGGCAGACCUUCUGGAGUUGCCACCAGCAUAACUGUGAUUACUGCAGUGAAAGGCAUGAUCAACCAUUAUGCACUUCAUCUCUUAUACUUUGAGUUUUAAAUAUUUGUGUGAGUAAUAAGAUUUAGGGUAUCAGAGCAAAAAUUGUUCUCUCUUGCCAUCUCUUUAAAGUUGCAUAUUAUGGUUUUGUUAUUUUAAUUUUCUGUUCAUAUUUUUAAAACAAAACAUUUGUGUUUUCAAACAACAUCCAUGGAGAGCGGUUACCUUAAGCAUAAUAUUUUUGCUUUAAAUCAUGCAUCAGUAAUACCUGGCUGCUUGUCUUUGCUAUCACUCCCACAAGACAAGCAGCCUGGUUUCUUUUGCUUGUCUUGUGCUAUUACUUCCUGUUGGUAGUAGAGGAAAGGGGAUUGGUUAAAUUCAUAAUUCUCAUGAUGAUGUUUCAAUAUUCCGUUCUUUUUUCAUCGUAAAUGCAUACAUAUGUGAAAUUUAGUAUUCAUAAAUUUUAUCACAUUAGUUAUUGAUUUCUUUGAUUCUUUUUUCCCCUUCUGUUACAACAUCAGCAACUAGUAUUCUUUGGCAUUGAUUUUUGUGGAGAUCCCUUAAGAAGAUUGGCUUUUAGUGUCUCUGGAAAGUUUCCUAAGUCCUACAUGCAGCUCAUGUAGUUAUGAGUCAAUCUUUUGUCAUUUACUUUCUGAUCUAACAGUGUUUGUCAUUUUCAAUACUCUUUCCCUAUACGAGGAUUGUGUUAUCAUCUUCAUAUGUUGUAAUCAGUACAAGGGAAAUACAAUGAAUUUUAAAUGCUUUUAUUUUCUUGUAAUGAAAUCCAUCAAUGUAGAAUAUAUUUAAUUUGUAGGGAAUUUUUAUAUUGAAAUCGUAGAAAUGGACCUUUUCUGCUUUUGCCAAAAGGCUGUUGGUGGGUGCUUGAACAUUUGGAAGAAUCACUAUAGGUAUAUCUUGACCACAUCAUCUAAUAAAUACGAUCGUGUAGAAAAUGUUUAUGUAUUGUGAAAUACAUUAAAUAGCCAAUAGAAGGUCUAUAUUUCAAGAAGCUAAGAUGUGAGUUUCAAUAAUUUGAUUCAGUGCUUCAAAGAACUGAAAAUUGGAGAAGUUAAAAGAAAAUAUUAACAAGGUCAAAGACUGGUGAGAAAAACUGUUAAUAUAUCCUGAUGUUUUUAUUUGUUUGAAGAACCUUUAUGCUUAAGAACAUGCGAUUGAUCUUGUUUGCAGAAAAGAUGAAUGCAAUGAUUGAAAAGGCAAAGACCAAGCUGCUAUUUCAAUAAAAGUACCUGACUGCCCUCACUCCAUCCUCUCAGUAUUGUCUUAGGCCAUUGAGUAGUGGCAAUGAAAAUCCUUUGGAUGGCAAAAGAGGAAGCUUUGUUUUCAAACACUAAAGCCAGCAUAAAUCAGUUAGCUCGUUGUCUAAACAAACAGAAUGACUUUUACUUGAGAUCACUUGGGAUUCAAUGGGAAACCAAAGAGCAAAACAAGGGAAGUGUUUGGAUGAGGUCACCUAAUCAAUGGAUAAACCUUAGUUUUGACUCUGUGGCAAGAUGUUGUGAAAUAAUGUAGGCCAUAGCCUUGCAAAAUGGACCAAAACAAAAGGACGAGGAGAUACUAACCCUUUGUAAACAAGAUGCUAACUUCAAUCCAUGUCUGCUAUGCUGUGGAAGAUUCCUGAUUCAACUACAAAGAAACAUGUCAAGGUUGUACGUUCAGUUUAUUGAAUGUGUUCCUAGUUAUUGCCCUCCAGUCUUACCAACAACUAAUUUUCUUGGGAUGAUAUCAUGAGAACUACUAGGACUCGGCCUUCUCAAGGGUAGCUAAUCUGAUAUGUCAUGUUAGCUGCUGGCAGCUUGAGCAUGAAUGGCAACAGGAUAUUGCAGCCAUUACAAAGUUGGCUAUUAGGGAGUGUCUACAGUAUGCAAUAGUAUUGUCCCUCCAAAAUCUGAUUCAGGAGGUCUGGGCCUGUGCUUAUGGCCUAAGUGGAAUCUUCAUUGGCCGGGGUAUCAGAAUUAAAAUCUUCUAGUGUUGAGAUAUCCUCGUUUACCAUGUCAAGAUAUAAUUCCAGAUCAUUGGCAGUAAAGAGUUGCAUCUUUGAGGCACAGGCAAUAUGUGCUGAUCACAUGACAAAAUAAGGGUAGCAAUGGCAUUGUAACCUACCCCAUCUAUGUUCUUAUCAAUGUGUCUCAAUCCACACUAUAUCCUACUUGUUGCUAACUGAAAGGACAAAGCAUUUGACUUUUGGAUUUUAUAUGGUUGAUGGUACAUCAGGAAGUCCUUGAUAUUGGUUUGCACGAAACAUUUGCAACAUGAAGAUGCCAAGAAUUGGAAGCUUAUAUCUAUGGAUACACUUCCAAUACAAAAUAAAUACAUUUAAGAGUGGCAGGAUGUUUUGCAUAGAGUUCAUUAGCCAUGGAGACCAUGAUUCAAUAGUCAAAUAUGAGCAGUUGGGUUAAGUGGGUUAAUUCUGAUCCACCUACAGCCAUAUUGCACCUGGAGGUGCCGUGUUGGGAACUUGAGGAAGAAGAAUAAAAUUUGAAGUUGACUUGGAAUAAAUGCCCAUAUCAUGAUCAUCAUGUGGUUCUUUUGUGAUUUGCUUGUUGUGAGCAGUCCUCUAAUCAAGGGCAGGGUUAGGUGCAAUGCAGCGGUUUGUUCUCAUGAUCAUGUUUUGGCAGAUUACUUUUGCUAUGUCAAGAUUGGUAGGUUCCUGUCAUGGUUGAAGGAUGUUGCAAAUGAAAAUCUAAGUGGCAUGGUGCUUGUUUUAUUUGUGAAUCUAGAGAUUGGUACAAGGUUCUUGCUGGUUGUUGGCACUGGCUUACUACCAGUGCUAUUAGUCCUUCCAUUAAGGAGGCCAUUUAAUAUCUGGUGCAAAGAGGGUGCUGGUAAUUUUGGUCUUGACAAGUAGCAGAGCUGUAUCAAAAUUAAUUCUCAGGAAGGGUUGGACUCAAAGAACGUUCAUUAGAAGCAUCAGCAGCAGCAGGAAAAGUUUUUGCAUCAAACAGGAGGAUAGGAAGUUUUCUCUUGAGCAGCAGUGACACAAAGAUGAAAGCUUGAUUGCUUGUAGUUUUUAUUUCCCCUGGUUUUGGUUGCAAUUUUUAAAGAUUAUUUUACUUCUUUGAUAUGUUGACAGUAGAUUUACUUCUUUGGUGUUUGGUUGGCUCUAAAGAUAUUUAUAGUCUUUGUUGUAUUGCAUGUUUCUUUUAAUAAUAAUUACUCCAAAGAAAUCCAAGUUUUAUCUUCUUAUA